ACGAUUUUUAAUGACCACGUGUUAUUACAAAGAUAUUGGUUUACAGGUCAUGAUUUAGCUCAUAAAAAGAAUAUCUGGCUUAAAACAAGUUAUUCUUCAGGUUUCUUCAGUGGAUAUUGAUUGUCCUUCGAAAUUUUCUGGAAGAAUUUAAAACUGCGGAUUUGAAAGAUUUCCAGCAUAUUCUAUCAUGGAAAUUGGUCUCGAUGGUCGUAUCUUUCCAAUAACUUUGACGAAUGAUCCAAACAAUGCAGAUUAUGACUGUAUUGUUUUAGUUAGCGAGAAUUUGGAUUUCACGGAUCCUGAAUUGGAGUAUUUGAAAGCUCCACUCAAUAGCAGAAAAGAGGUUGAUUCUACUUUUGAAAAGGAAGUCAGUUUUAUUGAAGCUCCUGGCAAUGUGCAACGCUUAGUUUAUGUGCCAACUGGUCCUGUUAACCGUGAUUAUGAUGAUGUCAGGCGAUAUUAUGAUGCUGCUUGUAAUGGAAUGAAGAGAGCUUUGAAGGCAGGCUCAAAAAGACCAGUACUGGCAUUGCCUGCAACUACUUCAUUUAUACACUCAUGGACUGUGUCAGCCUUUGGUGCUCUUCAUGCUCUGUAUACUCCAAUAGAGGUUGCUGUGUUUGAUUCAUCUAAAGCAAUGAAAAUUGAUGCCUUAGCACUAUUCUACUCUGGAUCUGAAAGUGAAGGGGAAAAACUCCUGGAAUAUGUGAAGGCUGUUGAGACUGGCAGAAUGGUUUGCCGAGAUAUUGCAGCUUCUGAUCCUGAAUUUUCUUGCACCAGUGAAGUGGAGAAAUAUGUCCUUAAGGUUCUUGGAAAUGAAGAAACUGUUCAGAUAACAGUGACGAAAGGAACAGAAAUUCUCAAACAACAAUAUCCACUUUUGGCUGCUGUAGAUCGUGCAGCAACUGUUACUGAGCGGCAUCAGGGUAGGGUGAUCAAUCUGGAAUACAAUCCUUUACAGCGGAUGGCCAUUAGUGAUACAGUUAUGCUAGUUGGAAAGGGUGUUGCAUAUGACACUGGUGGUGCAGACAUUAAAACUGGUGGUAAUAUGCCUGGAAUGAAUCGUGAUAAAUCUGGAGCAGCUGCUGUUGCUGGCUUUUUUAAAACAUUAUCAAUGCUCAAACCAGCUGGUAUCCGCGUUCGCGGUACAAUGGCCAUGGUGCGUAAUAGUGUUGGUCCUGAAAUGUAUGUUGCUGAUGAAAUUAUCACAGCUGCAUCUGGUGUGCGAAUCCGCGUAAAUAAUACUGAUGCGGAAGGAAGAUUUGCCAUGGGAGAUUGUCUUUUCUAUAUGAAGCAAGAGGCAAUAGGACUACCUAAUCCACAAAUCUACACAUUUGCUACCUUAACAGGACAUUGUAUACGAACAUAUGGUCCGAAUUAUUCCGCAAUCAUGCAAAAUGGACCUGCUAAAGAAAAGAAUCUUUGCCAAGCUUUUCAAGCAGCUGGAGAUUCCACUGGUGAGCCCUGUGAAAUUUCAACUAUGCGUCGUGAGGAUUUCGAUGCUAGUGUCUCGAACACGGAGUAUGAAGAUUUCUAUCAAUUGGACGUAAAAAGUAGCAAUCGUGGACAUCAGUUUGCUGGAGUAUUUUUGCAACGUGCUUCAGGUUUAGAUAAGCAUGGCUCUGAUUCUCAGCAAAAGUUACCCUAUGUCCAUUUCGACAUUGCUGGGUCUAGUGGCAUUUAUCCAGAAAUGCCAACUGCUACACCUAUACUUGGUCUUUCUGCUUUUUACCUACGUGAUCGGGUGAUUUAAAAUCCCUGUGAAUGAAAGAAUUCAACGAUGAAACGGCGGGAACUUGAUUCUUGUCUGAAAUGACAAUAAAUGAAAAUACUGGAAGUAGAAAACUUAUUUAGUCAUUAAUUAAAGCAUUCAUAUUAUGAAAAAA